ACUACACUUCCUCAUUGAGACCAAAGAGUGAUCUGUGACCAAAGAGUGCUUUUAUAUUGAGAUUAAAUAAAUUUUGUUUUUUUUUCAGUGACUGUCGGUUUUGUUUUGCCGUAUUGUCAAAGUGGACCCUUUUCUUGUUCGAAAAUAUCUUAUUCAAUAAUACCAUGCAAUAAUGAUUAAAUAAAGACAUGCCUAUACUUGGUUAAAGAAAUCCCUUCCUCCUCGCGAGUUUGCAAUAUUCAACCGGCCUUUUGAAGGCUGAAGGCUUUGAGGAUUUUGAUUUCAAUCGAGUCCAAUCGAACAAAUAAUAAACACCAUUGCACCUGAAACUUGAUGCUGGCUUAGUCAUAGUAGAGCCACUAACGAAGAAAUUGAAUGGAAUUGAAAAGUGAUAAGGCAUAAUAAACAAUAUCAGUAAAAAUUUGCCAUAAUGGAGAUGUCCCGUAUUCAAAACAAACUUAAGUUGCUGUUUGAAAAAAUCACGCAGCCAGAUUAUGUUAUGAACAACUAUUAUGCAGAUGGUUUAAUUAACAAACUGACUCAUGAUUGUGACACUGAUAUUUUAAGUUUGAAAACAAUGCCACUGUUUACGGAUUUAAUAGUGCAAGCCUUCACAAAUAUUGAAAAUUAUCACAUAUCGGUCAAAGUCUUCCUUGCAAGAAUGCUAGCUGUUGCCCUUCAGAGUGAAAUUAAUUUUGCCAAAAUUAUUUGUAAAAGAGGGGAUAAAUUGGCAGAAUUUUUUAGUGCAAUAGAUUCCCCUGUUAUGAAUCCCAGUUUAAGGGUAGCAUAUAUGGAGAUUGCCAUGGCACUUGUCUCACAUGUUUCUGGUACAAAUUGGAUAUUAGAGACAGGGUUUUGGAAAAAAAUACUAGGUUUCAAGACAAACUCUGUGACUAUUUUUGUUGUUCGCUUUAUGUAUAAAUUCGCUUCAGACUUCUUAUGGAAACUGAAUGAUUUGGGUGAUGAAUUUCACAUAAGUAUGGUGUUGGAAUUCAUCUGGAAACCUAUUGAAGAUUUUGAUUUGUUGAAUAUGGUAUGUUGUACAAUGGAUGAAAGUAGAGAAAAUGAAAUUUGUAAUACAGUAGAACCAAUAUUACAGAUUCUACUAAGCAUGUUAAAUAGGAAAGAAAGGUUCAAUAAACCUAAUUUAAUAAUGAGUAUGCUACUGAGAGAACAUGGUGUGCUUAACAAACUGUACAUAUUAUUUGAAAAGAUGAGAGGAGAUCAUAUCCUUUUAACAAUUUCAAAACUGAUAAUGUAUUUGUCGAUUUUGAGAGUAUUUCAGACUAAACCCAGUGGCCCAGAUGUAGUAUAUACUGGAGAAGAUUUCAUAGAAGUGAAAGUUCUUUUUUUCAAUAUGACCCAAGCCUUUUUGCAAAGGCAUAAUGUCAUUGCUGCUUUAGACAACUCUUAUAUGUCGUAUUUGGCCUGGUCAACAUUUUGUAGAGAUCUUAGACUGGAAGGGCAACACAACGGAAGAAUAAUAGAUCCGGACUAUCAGAUGUUACUGAUAUGUCUAGUACCACUAUAUGUUUACAUCUCCUAUGACACAAGAGAGCGGAAAGUACUUGAGGAUGAGAGAAUUGAAGAAUAUAUUUCUUUGCUAUUGAAUAAGACGUGCGAGCAUACGGCUCGAUUGGGCUAUGCAAUGAGAGGUUGUAUGAUAGAACUAAAUCAAUCUGGAUCUGAAACUAAUAUUUUAUCUUUGAUCACUCAUACUGUGAAAAAAUUGACAUGUCUUCAUGGUCACAUGUACGAUGACCAAGCAAACUUCAUAUUCCAAGUUUUAUUCUUUGUACUGAGAGAUUAUGCACAAGAAAACAGGGAUUCACAAUCCAUGGAAAACUUGGAGACCACUGAGCAGAGAGUAGUUAUUAUGACAUAUGUAAUGGAUACAAUUCUUUGUUUAAUUAAAAAUCAUAACAUCAAUUGGCAUGAAACAUUAGAAGUCAUAUGCUUGAAUACUGUUGUACAUGAUAUGCUUACUAAGAAGAAAAAUUUAUCAUGCAAGUUUGUCGUCGCAGCGCUCAAUGUGAUGACGGAAACUGUUCGGAAGUUCCUACCUCCAAACCUUUCUCUCUUGAUGGAAGCAAAGCCGGGCUCCGCUAUGCACGAGAUCGGCAUGCUUAUGUAUAUGAAGAUGCACGAUAUGCACUGGGAAGUUAGGGACUCUGCGCUGGAAUUGUUGCUUGUGUGCACCGAAAUUGCAUAUAUAAAAUUCCCGCCUAUAAAGAAGCAGAUAAUGGAGAACAACUUGAUAAACUUAGCGGUGACGGUGGCGUUCAACGACUACGAGCCGUACGUGCAAGUGUCAGCGUUUCGUUGCGUGGCCGCCGCCAUCCGCGUCUGCUCCAUGUGGGACCUGAUGAAAGCUGAACAUCCCAACUUGCUUGAAGACUUAGUCACUGUACUACGCAACAACGAAGAAGGUAUCGUCAGGAGAGAAGUUUGCAAUGUGCUUUGCGAAAUAUAUCAAAAUGUCAAGCUCUCACCAUCGUUCAAACAGACCCUUUAUGAUCACAUGGCAUCCACUGCUAUGUGCGAUUUUCACUGGGAGGUACAAAUGAGUGCUUUGAAAUUCUGGAAAAUGGUUAUACAGUCGCUCCUUACUGAUUAUGGAAUGUUGGAUGGCACGUUUCCACAAAUGACAUUCUCAAGAGAAUCACGAAAAAUUGUCACAUUAAACAAUGUAGAGAUACAGAAGAUUUUACGAAAGGUUCUCGAUGAAUUGGCGGCUAUGGGAUGCCUUACAGUUCUACUUAAAUUAAUACACGAUGACCACGAAUUAGAGGUCAUGGAAACUGCUUUAACUGUAGCACAAGAACUGUUUGUCGUUCUACAAAAAUAUAAAGUGCCUGAGACAAUGCAAUUAUCUGAGGAUGAUCCUAAGUCAGUGGCUGACUUAGUAUGUGAUAUAAAAGAUGAGCAAUUUAUGGAAAAUGGGGAAGAAAUGGAGGCUGAAGCUUCAACCAAAGCAGAAAAUGUAAUAGAAGGAAUACUGAAUGCGGAUGAUAUGAAUCUGUUGGCAGAUAUGUACCAGACACAAAUGAAUUUGCAAAAUGAAAAGAAUCACAUGGUCGCGUCACCAAAAAUAAAAUUGUUAAGAUCAGCAUCUCCUUCUCUGUUUGUGAAUUUUAUGGUCAGUAAUAAAAAUAUUGUUCAACAAAAACGUGAAUGGAACGAUGGAAUAAGAAAUAUAUCUUCUCUUCUGGACGAUGUACUCGGUAUUUAUGAAGUUAACGGAGAUGUCAAUUCAUUAGAUUGUUACUGACAUAUUUUCAUCAGUUCAGUGUGUUUCAUUUGUGUUGUUUAUGAUUUUUAAUAUUAUUUCUACCAUAAGGUUAAUUAUUUACAUUGUGGUAGACUAUCUUUACUGAGAUUAUUAAUUACUUUAAUCUUAAAAUGGGUUGUAAAUGAACGGAAAAAUGUGAUAUUUUCAUUCCUUUGAAUUCUUUUGUGUCAACAAAAAAUUUUACUUAAGGUGCAUUUGUAUUCAAUCCAGUAGUUUGGAUCCAUAAGUAUAAAUGAGAUUUAGAAACUCAUGUAAAAUAUUGUUAUGUAAAUCAUACACUUGUUUUUAAUGAGAUGUUUAUACCUCUUUAGUUAUUAAAAAAUAUUAUAAACUC